AGAGUCGGCGCCGGCUGAGCUGUGGAAGUCACUCUGACUCAGGCGGGACUCAGACUGGGUUUGAUCGGGAGGCGCAAAGGGAAGUCUGGGAGGUGGUCGAGUUGUAGAUACUGUCUGGGAGCAGUGACCACAAUAAAGCCAAGGAAGUGCCACCCGCGGCGGCGGGAAGAGAAGCAAGGAUAAGCAAAGGGUUGAGACUGACGGCGGCUCUCUGGAGGCUGGGGGCUGAGGUGGGCGGGGUGGGGCUACGGUAGCGCUGCACUGGCUAUCUAGGCUGUGGCGUUCCUCCUUCCUCCUUGGGAGCUGUUGCACUCACGAAAGGAAAGUUGUCUCCACUUCCUGGAAGCUCCUUCCUCCCGCGGGUCCUAGCCCCUGGCGCUCAGCUUAGCUACUGGGGAGCCCCCCCCAGACCAGCCCGGGAUAGACCGCUAAGCGCGAUGCCUGGGGGGUGCGCCCGGGGCCCCGCUGCCGCCGCCUCUGCCGGGGACAGGAGACUGCGGCUGGCCCGACUGUUGUUAGUUCUCCUGGGCUGGGUCUCCUCGUCCACCGGCACUUCCUCAUCCUCUCCGUCGUCCUCCUCCACCUCCUCAUCUUCUCCAUCCUCUUCGGUGUCAGCUCAGCCACCGCCACCGCCACCUCCGCCGCCCCCUGGCCAUUGCCCCGCGCCCUGUGAGUGCUCUGAGGCGGCCCGGACCGUCAAGUGUGUCAACAAGAACCUGACCGAGGUGCCGGGGGACCUGCCCCGCUACGUUCGCACCCUCUUCUUCACAGGCAACCAGCUAGCAAUAUUGCCCGCCGGUGCCUUCGCCUCGCGGCCGCCCCUGGCCGAACUAGCUACCCUCAACCUCAGUGGUAGCUGCCUGCAAGAAGUGAGCGCUGGAGCCUUCGAACACCUGCCCAGCCUGCGCCAGCUGGACCUCAGCCACAAUCCCCUGGCAGAUCUCAGCCCGGUUGCUUUUUCUGGCGGUGGCGGCGGCAGCAAUGCCAGCGGCUUGGGUCGGAGUCCCCUCUCGGAGCUGUUCCUGAAUGACAUCCUCCCACCCAGGGACUCGCAGCUCCGCAACCGAAGCUUCGUGGGCAUGGUAGCGACUGCGUUGCAAAGUGGAGGUGCUCUGGGCAACCUACUCCGCCUGGAGCUGUCCGGCAACAACUUCAUUUACCUGCCUCGGGACAUGUUCUCGGGCCUGCCUAAACUCAAGCACCUGGAUCUCCACAACAAUUCGCUGGUGGGUUUGGGCAACUUGGCCUUAGGUAACCUAACGCAACUGGAGACCCUCCGUCUUGGGAAUAACGCCUUUAAAGCUUUGUAUAAUGCAUCCUUGGUCCAGCUGCAGUCUCUGCCCAACCUGCGGGUCAACCUAGACAGCAACCCCUGGCUUUGUGAUUGUAACCUGGCUGAUAUGGUAGCUUGGCUGAAGGAAACUAACAUAGUGGAGGGCAAAGGCUCCCUCUCCUGCUUCUUCCCAGAGAAAAUGAGGAACCGUCCCUUGGUGAAACUCAACAGCUCUGACCUGGACUGUGACCCACUCCCUCUAGACCCUUUGCAGACUUCUUAUGUUUUUCUAGGGAUAGUUUUAGCCCUCAUUGGAGCAAUUUUCUUACUGGUUUUGUAUUUGAACCGCAAAGGGAUAAAAAAGUGGCUAUAUAACAUCAGAGAUGCCUGCCGGGAUCACAUGGAAGGUUAUCACUACAGAUACGAAAUCAAUGCAGACCCCAGGUUAACAAACCUCAGCUCAAAUUCAGAUGUCUAAAAAAAGUGAAGAAAGCAGAGCAUUGACAACAGCUAUGCAUGAGACGUAGACUUCUUAAGCUUUACAACACCCUAGGCUUGCUAACCCUUCACCCUUCACUAUAGAAAUCACAGACUUGAUGGGAAGCCAAGCAGGAGCUCUGCCUCCAUGUUAUUUGUAGAGUUCUCUGGUGUUUUCUGUUAACCUAAGACACUGGACAAUUACACAUAGUGUUUGACUGUAUGGAGAGAGACUUGCUGUCUCCUCUCUUCCCACCCACUCUCCACCUGUUCCGGGAACUUUGUUUGAACUUGUUUGGAGGGAUUUUUCAAGUUUCAGCAUGAUUGAGGACUUCUUGGAGCCUGGUUUUCUCACAGUACAGUACAAGGUGUAGAAAUUGUAUAUACCAUUCAACAAAACCUGCCUCAACUUUUUUUGAGAACAUAUUUUAUUUGUCAGUGCUGAUUUUAUUUGUGUGUACCUAAAUUGUAGAAAAAAACAAUUUCAUUCCACAAACUGCCUGCAGAAUCUAGAAAGCUUUUCCCCUUCAUUAGCACACAGAGGAGCAAACAAUUAGAGAACAUGCAUGCCUUCAGUAACUGUUCUGCAUAUUACAAAACAACUCCCAAUCUCAGAUUCUUUGAAAAAGGAAGUUUCUCUGAAAAAAAUAAGUUACCUUUAACAGCAGUUUACAUGAAGCUACAUCAGUUUUUUUUUUUUUUAAUGUAACUGGAUGCAUCUAGAUUCAAUAGAAUGAAUUGUUUUUUUUAAAUCAAUAAAGGUUCUUAAAAGAACUACAGCAGUGUCAAAGUUAUGUAUACUGUUAUUAGACUUUGUAGUGGAAAAUAGUUUGACUAGGUUUAGUUCAGACUAAUGAAUUACUCAUUAUUCAUGCUGCCAUCUUUUGCCUGAACAAUUAUUGUACAGACUGAAAUUAGAGAUUCCUUUUGAAUUAUUGGGUCUGGUUAGAUUUAAUAAAUUCUAGAUGUAUUUACUGUGAAUAUUUAUAUGAAACUGCCUUCUCUUGACCUAUAAGUUAGUGUGUAUUAACCCAGAACUAGAUAUUUGAGCAAUAUAAAGUAGGAAUAGAUAAUAAUUGGUGUAUAGUCAGCCAAAUUGAAUAUGCUGCUCUCCAAAUUUUAACGAAGUUGCUUUUAGAGUUUAACAAUAAAUAAAGUUUCACAGGUGAAAUCACUUGCUGGGGUCUGAGAGCAGAAUAUGAAACAUUCAAAAAAGGCUUUAAAAAUAAAAUGUAAAUGUGGAACAAUUUAAAAUACAUCUUUACAUUAUGGGAUUGACUAUUUUAAGAAAAUAAUUAUUUUUACAUUUUCCAAGAUCACAAAAUAAACUAAAUAGGUAUUCCUCUGUUGGGUUUGUUUUUAUUUUUCAAUAAAAAUUUUGAUGUAAACUGGAGCAUGUAGAAGGUAAAAUGUUGUUGGGAGGCUCAGAUACAUUUAGAAAAUUACCAUGUAGUAUGUCUCAUUUUUGCAUCACUAUCUCUAGUGUCUAUCAAAUGCUUGGUACAUAGUAGUCACUUAAUAAAUGCUUAUUGAAUAAUUGUUUGAAGGGAACUUGGAGGUGAUUUAGAUCAGUUCCCUCAUUUUAUAGAUGAGGAAACUGAGGUCCAGAGAGGUUAAGUGAUCUUCUGGUAAGUCUAAUUAGUGUUUAGGUACUUUGUUCUGCUUGUUGACUUUAGCCAAAUUACAGAUUUGAAAAUAUGAUAUUCUUAAAAUCUUUGUUGGAAGAAGAUGGGAUAUAAAUCCUAAGUAAGUUGAUAUUUGAAGAAAUUACUUUGUGAAGGACAGAAACAUCUAGAAUUUGAUUUAGAUGAUGCAAAUGACAAAAGCAGAUCCUUUGUCAUUGAAAUCCUCAGGAAUGAUGACAUUUUUCCUAUAGAUAUUAAAUUUUUUAUUCAAAUUAAAUUUAGUAUUCUAAGAGUAAAAAUGUCCUAUUUUAACUUAGUGUUAAACAUUGAUAAGUUUUUUUUUUUUUUUUAAGUAAUUUAGUAUAGCUCCUUUGUUUACAAUCUUUGGUCUGUUGUUUUCAAAAGGUUAGGUAACUAUUUUAUACCUAUCAUAAGAAUUUAAACCUUAAAGGCAAUCCCCUUAAAUAAUUUCUUAUAAUGUGCUUGACUUACAAGAUAUCAUUAAAUUUAGUUAAAGUAGCCUGUAUUAGUCUUAGGCUUCUUUUUUUCCUGGGUUUUAAAGUGGUUAUUAUUUUUUAAUCAAUGUGAUGCAUAUGGAAUAAAUAUAGAUUAUUGUGUUUUCAUAAAUGAGAAAAAAGUUGAGAGUUUGUGUUUUAUAGAAACCUGUUUCAGAAAUCAUUAGUUUAAUAAUUAGAAUAGAAAUGAGUUGAAAUUCUCACAUUAAAGCAAAGUUUGGUGUUUAUAAUGAUAGAGGCACAUUAAAACAUUUCAAACUUCCUCAAAGGUUUUUCAAAUAAUAUUUAUUUUAUAAAAUAUCAGUUAAUUCAUUAGGUUUGAGUUACAUACCAGAGCCAUGAUUACUUUUGAAAAAACAAAAAUGUAUUGUUUGCUGCCAGUCAUUUUAAAUGAUCAGUGAGUCUUUAUUUACUAAGAAAUAGAGCAUUACUUAGCCUGCCUGGAUUAUUGAUGUUUUAUUAAUUACAACACAGCAUAAUUUUAUAAAGCUAUACUUAAAGAUAAAUUUUUAUUAGAAACCUUAAGCAAAUCACUAAGUUUACUAAGCUGUUCAGGAAUGCACCAAAUCUGCAAUUGUAUGGGAAACAAAUGCCAGAACUAUCUGCUGUAGCAUCUGCCAGAAGGAAUGAUUUAAUUUGUGCCAUAUUGUUAGAUAGAAAUAAAAGAUCAAAAGUAGGUUAGUAGAUAAAGGAUCAUUCUUGAGUCAAGAAAGCCUGGAUUCAAAUUCCAUUUCCAACAUAUUUUGGCUGUGUGUUCCUGAGAAAAUCUCUUAACCUCUCAAUGCUCUGAGCAAUUUGCUUAGACUAAAUUGCCUAACAGUUGCGGAUCUACAUUGACAGGAGAGGGAGGAGAGGGACUCAUUGAGUUUCCUAUACAAAUGAAAGCCCAGGUGUGGACCAGUAGUUUAAAAACUGGACAAAGAUUCAGAUUGCAAGGGAUACUAGACAGCACAGCUGGCCUAUAUGAGAAUCGAAGUCUUUUAAAGCAAGUUUUUAGCUCUGUUGGAAGUUAACAUUGUUUGCUUCCUUUUCAUGUAAUCAUUUCCUCCCCUGUGUACAUUUCCAGGUUUUUUCUCUUCAUUUUCUUUCCAAUUAUAUACAUGACAUUGGACAAUACUUAUUAACUGAGUGUUAACAGUAUCAUAUUUAAAAUAUUAAUAGUAUUUGAACCAAAAAUUAAUACUGCAUGAUGUAAGACCUAUAAUAAAUAUAGUCCUCUAAACUUUUUUAGAAGAUAGUAACUAUAUAAAUUCAAUAAAUGUGAAGAAAUACAGGAUAAAAUGAAAAUCUUAAGUAUAUUUGUAAAGCAUAUAGUUGCUUUUUUCUAAGUUUCAUAUUCAAUUAAUAUCAGGGCACAUAUAAGCAUUUGAAUAUAGACAUUUGAUUUGUCAACGUUUAUAGAACACUUCUAAGAGUAACAAUUUUCAGAGGCAAAAGUGAAAAAUUCAUUAUAAAGUUCAUUUAUGUGAAAUUAUUGAAAUAUUUACAUAUUUAUUUGCCAAUUGCCCCCGUUUAAAUUCAUUAAAUAUCCAACAAAUCUCUAUUAUAAAUGACACAAAUUUUAGGAUGAUGAAAUAACUUCUUUUUCUCAUUUCCUUUGGCAUUUCUACUAACUACUUUGUCCUAAUUGUGCUAUCAGGAAAAUAAAUAAAUGGUGGCUAUGAAGAGAUUGAAUAACUAAUACUGGUUAAGAGCUUUCAAGUAAGAAGUUAAACAUUUUUGUCCUGACUUUGUAAAUGAAAAUAAGCUAGCUAUCAAAAAAUUAAUAUAAAUUAUCAAAGCAGACAGAAACCAUACUGAUAUUUAAAGUUCUUCAUUGUCCCUAAUUUCUAAUUAUUUGAACAUUUGAUUAGAAGAAAUAAUAUUUUUGCUCUUUUUCUUUUUUUGCUAAUAUAGGUUUAAAAGGAAGAUUGAGGAAAUCAUAUUCUUGGGUAUUCUGAAUCCUUCUAUGAAAGCAUGCCUUUUAGUCCAAUGUUUCUAUUAUUUAUACAACUUAACUUUAUCCUAUACACUGUAGCUGUUAACAGAUAAAAAUUUCAGUUUAUACAUCUUACUUCUUAGUUAGCUUGUUUUAAUUCAUAACCUAUGAUUUCAUUUUAAGACACAGUGUUUAUAUUUAUAGAAAUGAAAAACAAGCUGAUUUAGGAUUUCCUCAUGCCCCCAAAACUAUUAAACCUCUUCUAGUCUUCGGAACAAUGCUAUACAAUGAAAAAAGAAAUAAGAAUCAGAUUAUAGUUUCUUUUAAGAGCAUUAUGAAAGGAGGAAAUUACAUUUCUAAAUAAUGUAGGAAAAAUACCUUGACAGCCUUCUUUUAAAAUCUGUCAGCAACACUGGUCACAGUACACUUGAUUGAUAUACUAGAAAUAAUUGGUUUAAGAUAAUAAGCUCUCUGUACUGUGCAUGAGAUCCUUUCACCUCUGCAUAGAGGACAAAUAGAUCUUUUUGGUUACCAUGUAAAGAUAAUUUUCUAUUCUUUUUUUUUUGCAGAUUUUUGUUAUAAAAUAAACUAGCUUCUGUAGUGUUUUAAUUUGAAUAGUUUAUUAAUGAUGUCUUUGGUGUGAUCUAUUCAUGUAAUAUUUUUAUUUAUAUUUUUCAUAUAUUUAUGUAGACUUGACAGGGAACAAAAUUCAUAUAUAUAUAUAUAUAUAUAUAUAUUUUUUUUUUGGUUGUAAGGGAUCCUAAAAAUCCUCUUAGGUAAUCAAUACUCUAGGGCAAAACUGUGUCUGUAUAACUAGAUCAAGAAAUAAUGAUGAUAGGGCUGAAGAGACCUUUUGAGGUUAUAUCUCCAGGCCCCCUUUAUUUUAUAGCUUGAAGUCUUUUGAUUCAUAUUUUAGCUCUCUUUUUACUAACUCUAAUUGCUAAAAUUAGAACCCUUGAUACUGUCAUAUCUAAUGGAGAAAAGGAAUUUAUUAGUUAUUCUAUAUGCAAUAUAGGUUCUAGACAGUUCUCCUUUUUAAAACCAUAAAUGUUAAGAUGAUUAUUUAUGGGCUACUGGGUGCACUUAAAAAGAUUUUGGUUAUUUUAUUCACAGCAUUAAUACUUUCAAGAAGUUGCAUUGAGUCAUGUCAUAUUAUUCAAAUAUUUGGUAAUUUUAUAUCUUAGACUUUGUCGUGCAUGUAAUGUGAAGUCCUUCCUGUAAAACAAAAAUUGUAUCUUAUGGAAAAGAAAGAAUUAAACUCUUGAAAUUUA